ACAAAACAUUACUAGUUUCCCAAAUCAACAUGACUAAAGGUGGUAAAAGAGUUGCUGUCAAAGGGGAAAGUAAAGAUAGAAUCAGUGGUCUACCAAGAAAUGUGAUAGAUCGUAUCCUUGAGCUUUUACAGGUUCACGACGCAGCAAGAACUAGUAUUUUAUCCCGAAUGUGGAGAUAUAAUUGGGCCUCACUUCCAAACCUGGUGCUGAAUCACCACUUCAAUCGUAGUUUUAAAAAAGAGUCUCAUUACAACUUCAAAGAAGUAGUAGAUGAUAUUCUGUUACUGCAUAUUGGGGACAUUGUUAAGUUUGUUCUUGACACUAGAGGAGCUCGUAUGCCUUCGCAUGCAGUUAUCGAUAAAUGGAUGCUAUAUGUCACCAGAAAUGGUGUCAAGGACCUAACCCUUCGCAUUUCAGAUAACGAUACCUAUACGCUGCCUUCUUCUGUUUUUAAUUGUUCGACCUUGACAAAGUUGAAACUCUUCAAAUGUGUUUUCAAACCACCCAAUCCCUUUCUUGGUUUUCUGAAUCUUACCACCCUUCAUCUGAAAGGGACGACCUUUGUGCCAGCCACAUUGUAUUGUGUUAUCAAGGCUCCCCUUCUUGUCAACUUGUCCUUGGACUUGUGUCGUGGUACUCAAUACCUAAACAUUGUUUCACCAGGGCUGAAGCGCUUGUACGUUGCUGACAGCCACUCAUAUCUCGUGCUAGAUUGCUUUAUGAACUGCACGAAUUUGAGAUUGUUAGGUCUUAAAUUUAAUGGCGUGGUUGAUAAUCCAACGAAUGAUAAAAUAUCAACUUUGGCGAAGCUUCUUGUUAGCUCUACUGCACUUGAGGUACUAAGUUUGGAUUCUUUCUUCGUUGAGCUUUUGAGUGUAGACGUUGUUCUGAAUGGGAUUCCUUUUACGCUCAACUGCUUGUGGCGUCUACUGUUAGAUAUAGACUUCAGCAAAAUGGGUCUGAUUUCUCGCACUCUACAGUUGAUCAAGAAUUCCCCCAAUUUGAGUGAACUUGGGAUUUGUGUUCAUGCUACCAGCGACAAUGCCGAAGCAAUUUUGAAGUAUCUGGACACACCAUCCUACUUGGAACGACCUCUCGAUAAGCUCGAGUAUGUUGUCAUCAAUGAUUUUCAGAAUUCAGAAGUUGAACUGCUUUUUGUAAAGCUAUUGCUUUCUCUCACUCCAUCUCUACUAAGGAUGUGCAUUGCUCAGCAAACAGACAUAGACAUUGAUGUUGCCUUAGAGUUGAUGCGUUUUCCCAGAGUUUCUCCCAGAGCAGAGCUAUUCUAUUCUCAACGUACGUUUUUUGACUUUGGCUGUGUUGAUCUGUGAUUUGCGGGUAGGAAGAUAGACUGAUACUUAUCGGUUGUCAAUUAGUUUUUGUUAAACGAGGGUUGGAUUGCCAAUUUUUUAUACGAUUUGGCGUUCCUUUAACUCAUAUGUUCUUCAUUAGAUCUUUUGGAAGCUCACUCUACGCCGAUGUGCAUGAUAAGAUUAGCAGUAUUUUGCUAUAUUAUUGAGUCGUCUACUUAUGGUUAAAGUUGCACUGGUUAGUGAGAAAUAGAGGAUGUUUGAUGGUUUAGCAGAAAGUGUUGUCUUGUUCACAGCAUUGUAUAUCAGUUUUUAAAAUUCUUGCCGUACUUAGAUAGAUUGUUGUUAUAAAAUGGUGUAACAUGCAUGGGCGGAGCUACGUUGCUACAA